AUGGCCAACUCUUAUCUUCAUUUGAAUUAUGAGCGCGAUGAUGGAGACAACCACAAGUCUUACCUUUCCCCGGGGGGAACCAGAGGCAUGGCAAUUAGUAUCGUAUUUACCAGUCUUGCGGCCUGCUUUGUUCUUGCUCGAGCUUAUACUCGGACCAAGUUAAUGAAACGGAUGGAGGCAAAUGACUGGAUGGUAGUGAUUGCUUUGAUAUUGUCAUUCACUUUCAUGUCAUUUUAUAUAGUAGAAGCACUUAAUGGAAUGGGGAUGCAUCGUGCGGACCUUCCGACGCCAAUUCUUUUCAAGCAAAUGAAAUUCUUUUGGAUUUCUAUUCCUUUCUACAACGCCGCCUUGCUCUGUGCAAAGGCAUCCAUUCUUAUGCAAUAUUUCCGCGUUUUCCCAUCCCGGGGGAUGCGUCAUACCUGCUGGAUCAUGAUCGGAAUCCUUGCAACAUACGGCUCUUGGGCUGUAGUCAGCGCGUUUCUAAACUGCGUCCCGGUGGCUAAAUUUUGGAACCCCAGUAUCCCAGGCUACUGCCUCAGUCAGAAAGGACUAUGGUUCUCAAAUGCGUGCAUGCAUAUCGCAACUGACCUGGCCAUUCUUAUCAUCCCAAUCCCCGCAUUAUCUGCCCUUGAGCUCCCCAGACGACAAAGGGUGGCUCUCAUUUCAAUCUUAGGUCUAGGUGGAUUCGUCUGUGUCACCAGUAUCUGCCGUCUGGUUGCCUUGAAAAGGAUAUCCGACUCUUCAGAUCCCACCUACGAUAACGUCGGUGCCGCCUCAUGGUCCGCAAUAGAAUGUAACACUGGCAUUAUCUGCGCCUGUCUGCCCACACUCCGUCCCCUCAUUUCGCGACUCGUACCACACUUCCUCUCCUCAGUCUCCGCAAGCCCCAACUCCCCGAACUACGGGCAAACCCCAAUGUCUCGCGGCCACACACCCACCUUCUGGGGUGGCAUCGAUAUCGGCACCGUCUCCACGACUAUCACGACGCAUAUCGAUGACUUCGAGUACGGCACCUGCGAAGGCGACGCGGACCGCUUCAUGGCGCUUCGACACGGGUAUGCGCAUGCGCAUGUUCAUGCCGGUAGGGCAGGCAGGGCAGCGCAGCGCAGCAGUUCCCAGCCAUUAAUCAGCGAUGGUGUUUGUCUUGGUGGUGCUGGUGGUGGUGGACAUGGGAAUGGCAUGGGUCCUAUGAUUGUGCAGGAGACGAAGGAGGUCACGAUCAAGACGGAGGCAAGAACGGAUUUAUCUUCGGCUUCUUCGACUGAUACAGCGAGGGAGGGUGUUUGA